AUGGAAUAAGAAGAUUAAAUGGAGGAAUAAAAGCAAUAGCAUAUUCCUUAAGAAGGUUUAGAUUAACAACAGGUAGAAUAGCCACAAGACUAAGUAUAGUAAGAUUAAUCUCAAAGUGAUUAAGGCUAACAAUAGCAACCAUAGCAGUAGGCUCCAUAAGCAUAAUCAUUAUUGGAUUAAUAUACUGAAUAAGAAAUCUUAUAAUUAGCUACUUAGUCUAUAGUAAGUCCUCAAUAAAUGCAAUUAUUGAUGCAGUAUUUCAUGAGAUAAUAGUCUUCCAAUCCUGCACCUUUGUCUGCGCCUGUUUAAUUUUCGAGAAGAAGAGAUUCAGACUUUGAUUUAUAUGAGAUCUAAGAAAACUAUGAUGAUGAUGAGUUAACAGAAUCAGGUUUAGAAUCAAAAAUGGGCAUUGAAGAAUUCUAAUAUAAGCUAUCUGAUAAUCUCGAAUUAGAUGUUCGCUGUAGACACAAGAAGAUUUUAGUCAAGAAUAAUGAAAAAUUUUUGAUGCCAGGAAUGAUUACUGUUAGAACUUGCGAUCUUGAUUAUGAGAAACUACUAAAGCACCAUUAGCAUCUCUAAACAUUAGGGAGAUAAACAGUUGACUUAGUAGUUGUCAUCGACAAGUCCGGAUCUAUGGAGGGUGAAAAAAUAUAAUUAGUCAAAGAAACUCUAGUAAAGAUAAUCAAUUUGAUGUCUAGUAUGGAUAGAAUUUGUAUUGUCUGCUUUAAUGAAUCAGGAGAUAGACCCUUAACCUUUACAAGAGUUACUGAUGAGAAUAAGUAAACUCUAUUAAAUUUAAUUUAAUAAAUUUAUGCAGGAGGCGGAACAAAUAUUAGUGAAGGUAUAAACCAUGCUUUGAAAGCUAUUUAAAACAGAAAAUUCAAGAAUAACGUCACUAGUAUUUUAUUGCUGUCUGAUGGAUAAGACACAAAAGCUUAUACGAGAGUUAAAGCUUAUAUUGACAAAUAUUAAAUUAAAGAUGCAUUCAACAUCGAGACUAUAGGAUUCGGUGAAGACCACGAUCCCAAACUUCUUCGAACUCUCAGUGAUCUCAGGAAUGGCACCUUCAAUUUCAUGCAAGAUGUGAAUUACUUAGACACAGCUUUUAUUAACAUUUUCGCAGGUAUGAUCUCUACUGUGGCUUAGAAUAUCAAAGUUGGAGUGAAAUUCACUCCUCCUGAAUAGUUUAAAAAUUUUAGAAUCUCUAAAGUUUUUGGAGACAAUUGGACUAAGGUAAGUGAAACAUAAUAUGAAAUUAACUUAAUCAAUAUCCUUUCAGGUGUUAGCAAAGAUUUCGUUUUUGAAAUGGAAGCAGAUGCAUUUGAUGAGCAAACAGAAAGCACCAUUACAGAUGAAAAUUCUAUUUUCAAUUUUAUUACUGCUGAAUUGACUGCCUAAUCAGUCAGCUCAAAAGAAGAAGCAAAUAAAUAAAAGACAUUUUAAUUAUAAUUAAUUGACACUAGAAGUAUGGUAGAAGGAGUUGAAUAGGAAGAAGAUGGAGAAGUCGUAGAAAACUACUAUAGAGUAUUAAGUGCUCAAGCCAUUUAAGAAGGACAAAACUCAGCAGAAUAAGGAAAUUUCGAAUAGGCAAACGACAAUAUUUAGAAAGUUUUAAAUACCUUACUAAGCAGCAGGUAUUCUAAAAGCAUGAAUGUUAAGAACUGUAUUGACGAGCUUUAAAACUGCAAAUAGCACUGCAAUAGCUCCAACUAUCAAAAGUUGGGACAAGGGAUUUUCUCAUCAGGAGCUUAAUCUCUCUUUAAAUAACUUGCAUCAUCAAGCAGUCACUCUGGAAAGGCAGAUUUAAAGAAACUCGUUAACUUUAGCAAUAACAUGCAAAAAAUGUAUGCACAAAAAUACACCUAAUCUUCAUAAAACUGA